ACAUCCUGUCACAUGGGAGCAUCACUUGUCUCUCCACCAUCUUGGCCUCACCAUAGCAACCUCCACACAGGUUCUUAAGCAGGCUUUUCUUUCUAUCCUUAGCCUCCUCCCCUUGCCUCUUCCCAUACCCCCACCCUAUCCUUGUCCUCCCUCCUACCAUGUUCCUCAUUAGUGACUGCCAUUUUAUUGUAGGAGCUCAAGAAGCGUCUCAGCUCAUGACUCAAACUGCGGCGCUAGAGUAACUUGAAUAUGUUAACUUUUGCUGUCGGACUCAACUCGUUAGACCUUUCGGAGGGUCAAGCGCGUUCUCCUACUGAAUUUUAAAUUGCCUUUGGACCAUGUUUCCUAAAUAUGUGUGUGUGAAAGUGCAGCAUGACGACUGUCCAAGAAGGGAGGUGGGGCCUUCCACAUACAUUUAAACAUGCCUCAACACCCAGGCCCCGACCACCUUCUGACCCGCGCCCCGCCCACGUGAAGACAGCCACACCAGCCAAGAGGAUAACCUUCUACAAAAGCGGGGACAGCCAGUUUGGCGGUGUCAGGAUGGCCAUCCACAAGCGUAGCUUCAAAUGUUUUGAUGCACUGCUAGAUGACCUUUCGCAAAAGGUGCCACUUCCUUUUGGUGUGCGGACUGUGACCACGCCCCGCGGCACCCGCACCAUCAAACAUCUGGAGGAACUCCAGGAUGGGGGCUGUUACCUCUGCUCUGACCGGCGCCAGCCUAGACCAAUCAAUAUGGAGCAUGCCAAAAAAAGCCAAAGCAUUUGGCACCAUCACAGCCGCAUAUCCACUCAACCAGAAACCUCGUCCACGUCCUUACCUGGCCAUCUACCUCACAGGCAUCGGCGGAUCCUGCUGGUUAAAAAUACUGAGCCAGGGAUGCGAAGGAGUGUGGUCCUGAGCAGGCGGUCAAUCAGAAGUAUGAGGGCCUUUCUUGAGGAAGUGUCCGAAGUGAUGCAGUUCCAUGUCCGAAAGGUUUACACUGCUGAGGGACGCAGGGUUGACAACGUUCAAAGUCUGAUGACAUGCCCUGGAGUUUUGGUGUGUGUCGGCAGAGAGGCCCUCAGUCCCUUGCUACUGAAGAUCAUACGAAAGAGCUCAGAGGAAAAACUCCCAGGUUUGAGCAGCAAGUCCCCUGGUCUUGGUCCUAGGACUCCUGGAAGUGGAGCUCGAUCCCCAGGUAUUCAAGAAGCAAGAUCAACCCGUCAUGGAGCUCAAUCCGGAGCCAGUGAAUGCAGUGAGGGACAGGAGAGCAGGAAAAGUGUUAACUUUGGUCUAGAAACAAAAAAGAGCAUCAUCCACCGUCGAUCUGAUUCAUCUACCCGCUCCACUCGAUUGUCGUUGUCCUCAGAGAAGUCCUUUGGCAACGCUAUAAGAGCACACACACAACAGAGACCUUCUAUUAUGAACGACGACAUUGAAAAGCGUGUCCUAGUCAACAAGGAUGGCAGUCUCUCCGUGGAGAUGAGAGUUCGUUUUCGCCUCCGCAAUGAUGAGACCUUGCAGUGGUCCACGCAGAUUGGAAAAUCACCCUCUCUGACAAGUGACUGCUGCCCUCCAAGUCAUGCCCACACCCCUUGUUUGCAAAAUUACCAAUCCGAAAGCUGCUCUGAUUGUGCAACUGUUGACCCAGAUGAUAUGGACUAUUCCAAUCAAUCACUCCAUCAUCCAUUAGAUGUGAGUCAGUGCAGCUGCUGUUACCAAAUGCAAGAAGAGAAGUACAACCUCUGGGACCACCCAAUACAUAAUCAUAAGCAGCCACCUGUCCCACCCCAAUAUAUGUCGAGCCAGACUCACACUACAGUAAGACACACACAUUCCUCUGGCUCUUCCUCAUCUUGUAACUCGAUGAGAGUAGUGCGUUGCCGGGCAAAAUUCUCCAACUGUGGAAGAGGUUCGGAUUCAGAGCAUAGUCAACUUGUCCAAGAAGAAACAUGUGUGGUGGAACGGGUAGAACAGAUAUUAGACAUGGCGCAGAAUGAAGACACUAACGUUGACAUGUGCAUGAUGAGCAGGUGCUCCAGUCGCAGUGAAGUGAUCACCAAGAAUGACAAUGCAAGAUCUCCUAGCGAGAGGUCAAUCGUGGAUGAGCCAAUGGAGGAAGAGGUGGAUCACACACUGUCUAGAGUCAGCAGCUCCUCACAUGUACUGCGAUCAUUAAAAGAAGACCAAGAUGUUGAUGAUGACCUGCCACCUAGUGCUUCACAGUGUUCACAAAGAAGUGGACCAUCCUCAAAUGCUCACCUGAACAACAGUCAGCCAAUUUGCCACUCGACUGAGCUCAACAAGCCAGAGGACCAGGACAAUAAAGAGUGUGAAACAACAUCUGCUGUCACCUCUUGUCUAUGUGGAUCUGAGAUGAUAGAUCAAACUCUCAGAUUCAGCUCAAAUGUAAGUAGAGCUUCUUGUAGGUCCACCAAAAUUGUAAACCAAACAAAUGAGAGCGAAGAGAUACAAAGCAUAGUUAAAGCUUCAUCUGGCACCUCCGGCCCAUCCGGGUUGUCAAGUGUCUGUCGUAAUUGUGGAGGCUGCAAAUGGGUAGUCACCUCCAAUAGCAGUAGUAGAGCUUCACAGAGAUCAUGUGACCCUCCACAAGCCCCUUCAAACCCAACUUCGCCUCUUGAAAACCAAGAGAAUGCAAAUUACUUAAUGAACGAUGAUGCUUUGUCUACACUAUCCAACAAAACAAAUCUCACAGGACGUGGAUCUGCCAUCCUUGAUGUCCUGAAAAGUGACACAGCCAGUGCCAUUUCCAGAAUGUCUAGUCCUGAGACAACAGAAAAACACCAAGACAGAACCACCUCAGCUAUAAUCCAUAAAUCCAACACACCUCAGAAAUCCGUUUCUACUGAUACAACAACAGAAAAUAACUUGAGAAGCUCCAGUGUUAUGUCAGGUCAGUCUCAGAAGUCCAACUUGAGUGGCACAUUUGAAAGUCCCAAUGUCACAUCAACAGAAGGAGCAGAGGGAGGAACCUUGUUCAAAAGAGAAGCAAAAUCUUGUAUUUCAACUAAGACUCUCUCAAGUGUCUCUCCAUCUGACAAUGCAGACUUGGAAAACAGUAGAACUCAUAGUUGUCUUUCUGUAAAUUCUGUUUCUAUCAAGUCUGGCACUGAGCAGAGACCCAAUAGUGCCCUCUCAACGAAAUCAUCAAAGUCAGGGAAAUCCAAAAUAUCUUACCGCAAGUCCACAAAUAGUCAAUGUCCAACUGAAACAGAAAAAACAGACAUAUGCCUUGAAAAUCCAGAUAUUGAAGGCAACAAAGAAGAUUGUAACACAGCUGAAGAAAGGACAAACAGUGCUUUGUCUACAAAAUCAACAACCUCUUGUCGUACAACCUGUACCCCAAACUUUCCUGAUCUAAAGGAAGUUUCUACUAUUGAGGUGAAUGGAAAUAAGGCAGAUGAAGAUAAAGAGCGAGGAGCCAGCGCCAUGUCUAUGAAGUCAAAAUCUUCCCGGGGCUCAUCUGCCUCUCAAAAAUCAGUUUCUAUCAAGAAUCUAAAACCAGCAUCUCAAAAACCAAAUGCAGUCACCAUUAAAACACCACAAGGGGUUGAUAUGGUAAGUGAGGCAACAGAGACGUCACAAAUUGUUGAAGGUGAAGAUGUGGAAGAAAGAAAUACACCAAGUAAAACUUCUGAACACUCUUAUGGUCAAAUGUUGUCACCAAAAAAAACUGGCUCAUUGCAGAAAGUUAGAGCUUCAUCACCAAGUGGUUCUAAUGAGGUAAGGGCCCGGAGUAUGUGCUCAGUUCACUCAGCAACUUCUGCUAAAUCUGGACAUUUUAAAUGCCAGUGUGUUGUAGUGUCAGAAUUUGAAGAGGGAGCGAAAAGAGGGGUGGGCGAUGAAAAUGAAGCCAAGAAAGAGGAAAAAACAAUGGAACAAAAUGAAGUGGAGGACUCACGAAGCACUGAGCAACUAAGUCAAAACUCUGGGUCAGUGUCUCUUGCAUUGCCAGAUGACCAGGAAAUGUGUGACACAGACAGCUGCAAGUCCUGCAUUUCCCAUGUAGAGAAUCCCAAGGACAGAAUGAGAACAGCAGCUCCAAAUGCCCAGUCAAGAUUAUCUCAUAACUCCAGAGUCAACGAGAGUCCCGGAGCAGUCGACAUCCCGACUAUUGAAGCACCUGAAUUUGAUGGGGAUGUUGACAAACACCAUGAGGACUGUAUUUGUGCUAGCCCAGCAUCAAGCUGCAAAAGCAAUAACAACAGGAUCUCAUCUUCACUGUCAUCAGUUCGUGCCCAGGUUAAAAAUUCUAAGCUUGCUCAGCAGCCUGACGAAGUUGAGACAACUGUUGAUCCUGACAAUAGUGGCUCCAAAAAGUCAGAAAGUGGAGCUGAAGAAACACAGAGUAGCCUCAUCAACAAGGCGGCGAGUGCAAACUCCAGUGGACUAUGUUCCCUGUCGCGUGACUUGGCAGGUGAUGCAAAAGUGAACGGCUUGAAGCAGAGUAAAGAAGAAGGUACUGCUGACCCAUCUGAGAGUGGCAGUGUCCGAUCUGUCAAAACAUCCAUUUCUACAAAGAAAGAGAUGUCAGUCAAGUCCUCAAAGCAGGGCAACUCUAGACCUUGUAGUAAGAAGUCACAUGUUGAAAGAACCGUGUCUGCUGCUGACCUUGUCCAGGACACUCAGGCCACACAUCAACACUGUCAGCAGUCAAGCAAAACCAGUGGCAAACAGCAUUUAGAGAAAGACAUCAGGCAUGAGAUGAAGAGCAGCCAAAAGGAUCAGGAUGAGGGGAAAGUAGUGACCCCUGAGUGUCUACCCAAUGCUUCCCCCAGUGAAGUGGUCAAUGAUUGGUUGCGCAGCAUUCCUUCUAACAGCGACAUGAUUGCUCUUGAUGAGCUCAUUGAUGAUCGGCACGGCAAGGAAGCGAUGUUUAAAGCUGUUAUAGAAUCAGAGGAACAUCUUGCCGAAGAUAAGUUAGACAAAGUGGAGGAAGUUGGGGGUUACCAGAAAGAAGAAGAAUGUGCUACAAUUAAUGAAAAAAAUAUAGAUCUGGCUACAGGUGGUGAUGCAUUAGAUCCUCCCCAACCCAACUCUCCAUGGAUUAGUGGAACGGCAUUACCCAAAGAUUGGCGCUCUUCAACUGCAGUCAUGAAGGUUCUUCUCGGCUCCUCUCUGGGACGAUGUAGAAGCUUGCCUGAGGUGUCUCCAGUUUAUGGGCGUAGACUAAGCACAUCAGCCAGAGGCCUCCUGGACUGUUUGGCUCAGCUUCAGUUAAUUGAGCCUGUCAGAGGUCAAAGCUGCAACAAACAUGAGGACAGACACCGGCAGUACAACGACAUUAUAGCCAUUCUCCAAUCCCUUUGGCUCACCGAACCUAGGAACAUUGAGACCAAGGACACCGGCAUUGAACAAGGGACCCCACCAAGGUCUUCAUCAGGGGUAGGCAUGAGCAGUGGCUCUGGUGGCUCAGGGAAGGACCAAGACAAUCAAGUAGGGGAUGAAACACUCCCCAAGGAAUCUUCACGUGAGGAUGAGGCUGUGGAGAAAGCUUCAGAGCAGACAACAGAACCACACAAAGUAGAAGUUAAGGCUGAGGUAUUUUCUAAAGAACAACCUUGGCAUAGUGAUAAUCCAAGUCAAGUCCCUCAAAUUCCGCAAAGUCCAAAAGAUACAGACCCUUCAUUAUCUAACCAAAGCUCUGCCGACUCCAACUCCAGUUCAGCAACACCACCAACGAUUUUGCAAGCACCAUUGUCAAAUAAACCAUCCCAAGAUCCCGAUCCAGUGUGGGUGUUGCACCUUCUGAAGAAGCUGGAGAAAGAAUUUAUGAACCACUACAUUGAUGCCAUGGAGGAGUUUAAAGUCCGUUGGGACCUUGACGACAGUCUCAUCUUGGACACAAUGAUUUCAGAGUUGAGGGAUGAAGUGAGACAACGAAUCCAGAACAGCAUUAAGCGGGAAAUGAGUAAGAUCCAUAGUCGAUGUGGCCGAAGCGGAAAGUCACCUCAGCCUCCAAAGGGGGCUAAUCUAUCUAGGGAGUCGACCAUGACAGAGAAGCGCCGACGGAUGCUGAAGGUCAUGAAAAACCAGUCAGUCAAAACUGCCGACUCCUCCAGCGAUGGUGAGAUGACAGCCGAGUUCAGCGACCAACGAAGUGAUGACGAAUACUGCCCCUGUGACGCAUGUGUACGCAAAAAAUUAGCAGCACGCCCUCUGAAAAUGAACCCGGCGGCAGCUGAAGCGCCGGUGAUGAUGGAGUUUGAUCUCCUUAAGAUUCUUCAACUCAGGAAGACCACAGCACCAGUCCCUGCAUCUGUGUCACAGCCUACAAAUAGGCGCGAUGACAGCGUGGCCUUAGUAGAAGGGGAAAUAAGGAGUUUAGAGGUUGUACAAGAGGAAGAGGAAGACAACGAAUCAAGCGAGGAAUUCAAAACUCACGAGACACUUCCUGAGGAAGAUGAGGAAGAUACAGAUGAAGAGGAGAAAUAUGAAGCUGAGGAUUCACAAAUCAAUGGCGAGAAAGAGUGCUGCCAGUGCAUGAGGGAAGAAACACCAGAGAGUGACACAAAUAAUAAUGACACGGAAGGUGAAAGGGAGGAGGAUACUGAAGAUAGGGACAAGACAGGCGAGGAGGCAGUUGGAGCAGAAUUUGAUGAAGAGAAGGGCGAGAGCGACAAGGCAGAUGGAGGAGAGAUCACUGAAGAUGGGUUUGGUGAAGAACAGGAAGAGUGCAAGGUCACAGAAGACUCUCCAAAUCCAGAUCAUGAAGACUCAACACUUUUGGAGGAGAAGGGAAACGACAGUGCUUCUGCAGGAGCAGAUGAUGAUGUGGAGGAGGAGAGCAAGGAUCACAUGGGAGAGUGUCAAGAAGAAGGCGAGUUGUUGCAGCAAGAAAGAGCUUCACCCAAGAGUCAUAGUUCAACCUGUGAUAUCGAUGCGACCGGGGACGAGGAGGCCGAUGCUGAAGACUCCGACGCUAAAGGUCCACGUGACACCGACGCUGAUGAGUCAGGAAAGCAGAAGGAGACAGGGCGGAUGGACGGAGGCGCAACAGCAGAUGGUGCUCUGCUUCAUCAGUUCACCAAGACCUCAGUGGAGUCCCAGCUGGGGUCCUUGGAAGACUGAGAUCCCCGUCUGAAAAACUGAACAUGAAACGACACUUUGCGUAUCGAGUCUGCGACUCUUGUUUUUUUUCUCUUCUUCACAGACUGAUUAGAACGAGUGGAAUCACCAGAACACUUGAUGCACUUUAUCUCGCUGCUGUUGGAAUUUGGACAGUGACAUAAAACUUGAAACUACAAUCUAGCCUACAGUCUUUAAAUAUACUAAUUAUUUGUAUAUUUGGAAGUUGUAUAUCUAAGGAAUGCAGAAUUACUGUUUCAUGAGUAUUUUUUUUUUUUUUUUGUCCAAGUUUUGCAUUUAAUCAUUUGCUGACUUUGCAGACCUCCAGAUAUUGUUAUUGAUAUUGCACUUACUACGGUUAGUGUGUAUUUAUGCUUCUAGCAUACAUUCUGUUAAAUAUUUAUCUAUAUCACUGCCACAAUUGUUUUUGAAAUCUGAACAGUUACCUAACUAGCAGCUUAAAUUUAAAAAUAUGACGCACUCAAGAUUAUAAACGUAAUCUCAUUAUUUUAAACGGAUCGGAAGACAUUCAUCGCCGAAUAGUUAUUUACUCGAUGCUGUGUGUCUAAAACAGUUAGAAGCCUUAAUAAUUAUUUCUCACUUUGAGGACAGGAUCAUAUAUUAUCGGUAUUUUUUUUUCCUGUUUCAUGCUAGACUAAUAUAAACAUAAAAAGUGUAUUGAAUAUUUCUCAUUGUGAUUAUGAUUUCAGUGCUUUAGAGUCUGAGCAGCAUGAUUCUUCCUUCUAGGUGAACUAACGGAAUCAAUGACUUGUGAGAUAUUCACAUGCUAUGUAUUCAGUUGGGGUGUGCGUGAGCAGCGAUGUGGAUCAGCAGCGCGACGUGUGUUACUGAGUACUGAUGCCUUACCGUCACCAUGGUUAUUCAGUAUGACUGUGAAUCCAUAGAAACAAGGACUCGGGCCAUGCUCAAGUGGAUGAGCUGAAGAGUGGGCUGCUUGUGUACUCAUUGUUUUGCCUGAAGUACCUAAAGUGAUGAACAUAUGAUGUUAAUACAAAAUAAAAGCAAUGCACAAGA